AUGAGGUAUGAUGUGAUGAAAGAUGUAAAGCACAAAAGUGUUCAAAACGAAAGUCCUCGUGAUUUAAAGACUGAAAUUAGAAGUUUAAGAUUGGACCAAGAGGAAAUUAAAAGUCAAUCUAGUAGAUAUGAGCGUGAAAGUUUGAAACUGAAACAGUUACAAAUGGAGGAGGAUAGAAAGCAGCGAUUUAUGAUGGAAAAUAGACAGAGAUUGAACUAUGAAAUGGAAAUGAAGAGAAAAGCGGAACAUGAGUUAGUAGAAAGAAUCAAAAUAUUAGAGCAACAAGAGUUGGAACUGAAUAAAAGAAGGAAUGAAAAUGAAAGAAUUGAAAGAGAUUUAGAAAUGAGGAGAGAACAUGAAGAGGAAUUGAAUCAUAGAUUAAUAUUAUUGAAAGAGAAAGAACAGUUGCUUCUGGAUAAAGCUGAUAACAGAAAAACUGAAUUUAAUGAUCAAAACAAAAAGAAAGAGGAAAGAUUGAAAGGUAGAGAACAGAAAGCUGAAAGCGUUAUGUAUAAAGUUGGUUCACCAAAGAUACCAAACUUUGACGGAAAGCAUUUUGAGCAGUGGAAAGUGGAUGUUUGUAGUAUUCUAGAAAGUAAUGCUUAUCCAGAUCAUGCUGUAGUACAAGCAAUUAGAAACUCAUUGCAAGGAGAUGUAAAACAAGUUCUCUUGACUCUUAAACCCACUGCUAGUGCUGAAACGAUAGUGAAUAAGUUGAAAGAAGUAUAUGGUAAUGUGAAAACAGGUGAUAGAGUAGUAACGGAGUUUUAUUCAGCAAAGCAAAAAGAAGGAGAAUCAUGUUCGUCUUGGGGAGUAAGAGUAGAAACAUUGUUUCAACAGGCUGUUGAAAAGGGUGAAAUUGAUGAAGAGAAACGAGAUAAGAAGUUGAAGGAAAGAUUUUGGAGAGGAUUGAGAUCUGAAAAGUUACGAAUGACCACUAGAGUGGCAUAUGAAAGUAAAGACUCAUUUGAAUGUUUAAGGAGAAAGGCUAGGUCAGAAGAAGAGGAAGAGAAUAGUGAAGUCAGAGAAGAAAAUACGCGUAGUGCAUAUGUCAAUCAGAUAAGGGAUGAAAGUGGAAUGAAAGAACUCUUAGAAAGAUUGAAAUCCAUGGAGAUAGAAAUGAAAAGGUUGAAAGGGCAAAAUACUAGUUAUAGAGGAAAUAAUUACAACAGUAACUUCAGAAGACCCUUUAGAGGAGGGUACAGAGGUGGAAAUAGAGGAUUCAGAGGUAGAAGUGACGAUGGGAAAAAAGAGCAGAACAAGGAAACAGAAAAAGGACCAGAGCAGAAUGAGAAGUCUUUAAACGAGAAGAAGCUUUCAUCGGAGGGCACGAUGGAAGCGAAAAAGUAG